UGGUGGGUCACCCAUGGGGGCUUGAUUCGCCCCCGCCCCCAGCCUUGAAGGGGUUGACACUAAGCCAAGAGCCAUUCCCAUCUGUCAUUCCACGGAUGUCCCUAAGCCCAGCCAAGUAACACAAGGGAGUCUGACAGCUGGGCUGGACGGGCACAAGGUAGCGCCCCUGCUGGGGGGGUGCAGGCAGGGACAGCGGUGCCCACUGACGUAGCGGACUGUGCGUGCCCCAGGAUCGCACACACCCACUUCCUUGCUCGUCCUCCUGGGGCGAGGACACUGCAGAUUCAACAGGACUCCUUGCAUGACUCCAAGGCUUAAAUGCAGAAGGCCCGAGAGGCUACCUGGCCCAUAGCGGCUUUCGUGAAAAUAAUGAACGCAGUGGGCGUUUACUCUGAGCCUCGAUUCACCAAUGAGAAACAAGGAGGACACACAUGAAAUGAAAUUCAUGAAGACUGUUGACACUCUGCUUGGGCCUGACCAUCUUGGACAAUGCUGCUUUCCCUGUGCACCUAUUUCCUCUGGCUGUCCAUCAGUGACCUCUGGACCGUCCAGGCUAAGGACCCAGAUACUGAUGUGAGCACGAGAAGCCCUCACCGGGACUUGGCUCCAAACAAUGUUGACUUUGCCUUUAUCCUAUAUAGGCAUCUUGUGGCUUCAGCUCCUGGAAGGAAUGUCUUCAUCUCCCCUGUGAGCAUCUCCAUGGCCUUAGCUAUGCUGUCUCUGGGUUCCUGUGGCCACACACGGGUCCAACUCCUCCAAGGCCUGGGCUUCAACCUCACCAAUAUAUCUGAAGCUGAGAUUCACCAGGGCUUUAAGCACCUCCACCACCUCUUCGAGAAGGAGUCAGACACCAUGUUGGAAAUGGUUAUGGGUAAUGCUUUGUUCCUUGACCACAGCCUGGAGCUUCUGGAGUCAUUCUCUGCAGACACCAAACACUACUAUGAGUUGGAGGCUUUGGCUACAGAUUUCAAGGAUGGGGCUGGAGCUAGCAGACAAAUCAAUGAGUAUAUCAAAAAUAAGACACAAGGGAAAAUUGUGGACUUGAUAUCAAAGCUGGAUAGUUCAGCCAUGCUCAUCCUGGUCAACUACAUCUUCUUCAAAGGCACAUGGGAACAGCCCUUCAACCCAGGGAGCACCAGGGAGGAAAACUUCUACGUGAACGAGACCACCGUGGUGAGAGUGCCCAUGAUGGUCCAGUCGGGCCCCGUCAAGUACUUUCAAGACCCAGUGCUCUCCUGUCAGCUGGUCCAACUGGAGUACACGGGCAAUGAGACCGUCUUCUUUGUCCUCCCAGAAGAAGGAAAGAUGGACACGGUCAUCACCGCGCUGAGCAGGGACACCAUUCAGAGGUGGUCUGAGUCCCUGACCAUGGGCAGCCAGGUAAACCUGUCCAUCCCAAAGGUGACCAUCUCCGGAGCCUACAACCUCAGGACCAUCCUGGGGGCCAUGGGCAUUGCAGACUUCCUCAGCAAGGAGGCGGAUUUCUCCGGCAUCGCCCGAGAGCCCCAGCUGACAUUGUCAGAGGUGAUUCAUAAGGCCGUGCUGCAACUCGAUGAAAAGGGCUUGGAAGGCGCCGACUCCCCCAGGGUCAUGCUGCACACGGCGCCCGAGCCUCUCACCUUCCGCUUCAACCGCCCGUUCAUUGUCAUGAUCUUCAACCACUUCACGUGGAGCAGCCUCUUCCUGGGCAAGGUUGUGAAUCCGACCUAAGGGUGCCCCCCACCCCCAGGAGCCACAGCCCCGGCUGACCCUGUGUACCGGAGAGCCCACAGAAACGCUCUGGGGGGGGGCGGUGGGAGGUUCCCCCUUGUCUUCUCCAGGUUCUUCUGUCCAAAUAAAUCACCAUCACUGUCAAGGCCA